GGUUUCUACAAAAGCCAAUCGGUUCCCGGUUAUAAAGUCCGCAUGGACCAGUCCUCACUCUGCUUCUCGAAGACUCUGAUGCGGAUCUGGGGGUCCCGAGCCCUCCUCCUGCAGCUCUCGGGGGCCCUGGCCCUGACCGAGACCUGGGCGGGUUCCCACUCCAUGAGGUAUUUCGAAACGGGGGUGUCCCGGCCUGGCCUCGGGGAGCCCUGGUACGUGGAAGUCGGCUACGUGGAUGACACGCAGUUCGUGCGGUUCGAUAGUGACGCCCCGAAUCCGAGGAUGGAGCCGCGGGCGCGGUGGGUGUAG